UAAUUAUAAGUUCGUUCAUUCCAACAAGUUCGCCACAGAGUCGAGAAUCCCCGACAAGCAUUGCCCGACCGCGAGAUCGGAGAAAAACAUAAAAAAUAAAUACAAAAAAAAAGAAUAAAUAAAAGAAAUUAACAACAAAAAGUUAACAAAAUAAAACGAGUAACCGUGAGCACGAUAUGUGACAAGCCCAAACAAAGAGCCAAGUAAAUAAGUCACCAAAGUACAUACGGAUACAUAAAAAAUACACAAGCGAAACAAUCAUAAAUUAAAUUGCAAUUUUAUUGGUUUUAAUUGCUAAAAAUAAGAGAAGAGCAUAACAGCGACACAGUGCGACUUCUAUAAUGAAUUGAAUCCGUGAGAUCGUGCAAGAUAGAGAUACGAAACGCGGAGAUACACCACCCGAGAUACAAACCACCAGAUAAAGACCCGCCCCGACAAGCUGAAGGAGAUGAAUCGAAGUGCGCUGCCCUGUGGCAGCAUUUUCUUGGCCCUGCUUCUGUGUGUGAGUGCGGUCGGUGUCCUGGCCGAAGGACUUCCUGCCGCUGAGGACGACAGCGACUUGGCCAUCAUUCCACCGGAUGCCGACAAUGUGGAGAUCCAUGAAGUCAAGAUGGUGGAUGGUGUCUUCCAGGAGGAUCAUCCGGUGAUCAUGUACAAGGAGGAUUUUGUCACCGAGGAUAAGGUUGCUAAUACUGGUGCUCAUCAUAAGAAGCACCACAAGACACACCGACAUGCUGAGCCUGCCAAGUCGGAGGAGAAGAAGAUCUACUUCGAUAUCCUGCCCGACGAACCCAUUGUUCUCAACUCUGAUCUGAAAACGGGUCCUGUGAGCAAUCAGGACGCCAUCCAACUGGUGAAGCCCGUCAAGGAGGAGUGGCUGAUGAAGUACCCCAAGAAGUACCAAAGUCAUAGUCGCCAGCGAAGACAGGCCUACCUGCCGAGCCUUUACUAUCACUCUCCUUAUGCCCAAAACAACAUCCCACCUAUCUACUAUGUGUCACGGUUGCCGGUGGCGGGCAAGAAGCCCACUUAUCUUGGCAAGAAUCCCAAUUGGCCGAAGAAGGAAGAUCGCCAGCCGGUGAGCGUGGGCAGUCGGGAUGACUUCCUGUUCCACAACUCCGAUCCGUCCCAGGCCGAUUUCUCUGUUUUUGAUCAGGCAAGACCCACUACUCCAUCAUCUAGUGCUCCCCCUCGAGGCAACAGUAAUUCUAUCAAUGACGGAGAGCCUCCAUCUCGACCCUCGCGUCCCAGCAGCCCAUGGAUAACCAGUGCACCCCCAGGAAGCCCGCAGUUGAGCACCGUCAGGCCGGUAGUGGGCCUGCCGACCCUGAGGCCGACCGUCCAGCAACCACCCACCAGCGGCCCGAAAGUCACCAGCUGUGUGUGGGCCAUCGUGAACUGCUGCACCAGCGGCAGCAGGAAGAUCCGGUACAGCUGCUUCGAGGAGUUCGGCUGCAACGGCGCCUUCUGGGACAUCAAUCCCUGCGCCGACCAGAGCGUGCUUGACGCCGAAGGUAUCCUGGAAGAAGCCUUCCCACUAGCCGCUUCUGCGUCCUUCCCCUCCUCCGCCUCCGCCUCCGCAACCCGCCCGGCCGCCCCUGCCAGGCCAUCCUGCAGACAAGACACCCUCCAGUAUCCCAAGGAGUAUGAUUACCAGGCGGGCAGCAAGUGCCACCGUGCCUCGCAGCUCUGCUGCUCGCUGAGAAACCUGGCCUCCACCUAUGACUGCUUCCAGUACCAUGGAUGCGAUCAGAGCCUCUCAAAUAUCAUAUCCGGCUGCUCGUGAACUGGCACAAAUUGUGUUUCAGCGAGCUCUUUGAAGUCUGCCUCGCGGUUUAUGUUUAGUAUUUAGGGGGAAACCCCAUUAUAUUUCACAAAUUUAUUUCUUAGCUUCGAAAAACAUAUCUAGUCAGUUGAACUUCGUUCGCGGCUUGCAACAAUGGCUGGUGCAAAGGCAGUCCUAUUUGUCAUAAACGAAAAUAAUAAAUUAUUCAUCAACUUUUUUGGUUAAAAAA